UACAGGUUUUCCAUAAUUUUGAAUUUUGUCAUUGAACUGUUUCAUUUGCCUUUUGGGAGUACUGUCAUGAGUGUCUUAAAGUGUUUCUCUAAUAUCCCAAGUUUAAUUAAGAUCAGAAUGACUGGGCUAAAGAGCUUGUUACUGAACUCUAUCAGGACUCCUGUUUCUUUGCUGAUUUCAAAAUACACAUCCCUAGUAGGUGUUGUCUCAUCUCCUACUAUGAUACUAUGGUACUAGAUAGAAGUUGCUGUUUUCAUAUGACUGCUAAAUUCUGUUCCUUUCUUUAGAUGGAACUGGAAGUAUUUGUUGGCUGGUUUCCCCUAUUCUGUGUCACUAGCAUUUUCACCAUUUUUAUCUAGCAUGGAUGAGUACUAUUAGUAAUAUUUCCUUUUUUAUUUUGUGAUUGAAAGGAGUAAAAGAGAAAAAUACUCCUUUCCUUUUACCACUAGUUUUGCUAGUCACAAAGCUUUUCUUAAGAGUUUUCUCUAUUUUUAUAGUGUCUAAUUUAUAUUGGUUGUUGUCUUGUUGUCUUCACCUUUUCCAUCUGUUAUGUUUCUCCUUACAGGAGAGUUUGAUUCAUAUUCCUCUGCCUUCUUCCUUAUUCUCCCAUGGACAACUGAGUUUAUAGUUUUGCUCCCCUUGGAAGUUACGAGACUCAGCAGAGUAUUAUUACUACUUGUGGCUCUCCUCUGCAUGUCCAUGAUCCACAUGGACAGGACAAAACUGCCAGCUUUACUCAAGUUGUUCUCUCAUCUUGAAUGCAUCAUCUUGAAGUCUAAAAAAUGACUUGGUUUGGCUGCAGUGUUUUGAAUUAAACUGGGAAGGCUUUAAAAGUCAGAAUAAUACUUUGCUGACUGGUUGAAUUCCCUGGGGAAUGGCUCACACGUUAAAAUUCUUUGCAGUGAUUUUUCAUUUUCUAUGUUAAAGAUGCUUGAAAUCACCUUUCCUGGUCCCUGGUUUGAGGUGGUGUUUUCUGAUGCCUGCUACCCUUUCCCUUCUUGGAAUCUGCUACCCAGCAUGGGCAUCCAUGUGUAUUUAAGGCUGUACAAUUCUUGUUACCAGUCAUUUCAAAGGUGUUACUGUUUGUGCAGUUUGCUGCUAAGCCUAUAGCUUUUACUGUUGCCCAGGAGGAAACUAAUUGUUUCUUACUAAGGGACAUUCCCACUGAGCUUCAGAAAUGCCACUUUAUUCCAGGCCUCCUUUUCUUUCUUCUGAAUGAGAAUUUCUCUGUUUACCCAGUCCUGUUGCGCAUGUGGCAAUAAUUGAAGAUACCUUACCCUCAUUAUCUUUGUCACUUAUUUGAGUUUGGAUUAGGUCUUCCUCUUUGGGUUCCCAAGGUUGUUUAACAUGUUCAGUGUGCUCCAGAUGGUUUAAAAAGUACAGUAUCUACAAAAAUCUUCCCUCUUCAGGUGAAACCUGAGGUUCUGCAGUCUGCAGCUUUGUGCACUCAAGCCAACAAUGGUUCAAUUAUUUACCUCCCACUCACAAGAGUGGAAUUUUCUCUUAACAAGAUCCCAUGGUCCUUCUUCUUCAGCUCCAUGAAUUCUUUGACCCUGCAUUUUCAUUGUGAUGCAAAUCCAUUUGUUUCUAUAUGUUUGCACCCAAGAAGACUUGACAAUGACUCCGGAGUUCUGUAUUAGGUUGCAUCUUGUAUCUUUGCUGAAAGGCAAUAGCACUUUUUCUUCUUGUCCUUUUCCAAGCUGAUUUUCUGUUUUUAGUUGCAUUUUACAAAUUAUCAUUGCUUUAAAAGGAGACAUCAUGUAGGCUGGAAAUCAUUUAGAAAAGUCACCCACAAACAGUAACAGAAUCUCAGCUGUGACUAAUGAUAGUAUUGCUGGUCUAUAAUUCAGUUAAGUCUUCAAGAAAGAUUUAAGACUUUUAUAAUUUAAAGCCUUAUGGUUAAUCAACCAUGUCCCUUAUUACCAUUUUUUUGUUAGUUAUCACUGCUAUUGAAACUGCGGCUCUAUUACUACUUUUUUUUUUUUUUUUUAAUCCAUAGGGUUUUGCUGUUCCUUUGUUGAGUACAUUGAAGUCUUCUGCUAUAAAAAGUCUUUCUUCUUGUAUAAUGAAUUACAGACCAUGAUCAAGUCACUGUAUUCAUCUUUCCAAACAGCUAAAUUGAAUUGAGCUGGUUUAGGUGUCUCAUAGUAAGGCUUGGCUCCAUCAUAUCGUUCUUAUCUGUUGCCUUUCUUUUCCCUUUCAGUGACCCAGCUGUGUAGUGUUCAGCUAAGGUCAUCCUACAUUAGGCCUAGAUGGCUAUCUAGAAGGAUAUCUACUUCUUUUAAUUAGGUCUUUUUCUUCAAAUUAAAACAAACAGCAGUACGUUUCUUUCCUUAGCUGAGUGCAACCCCAGUCAGUGCCACUGAGAUUUUGCCACAUCAGUGUUGGGUUAAUUGCCUUACAGCAACCUGGAUGAACCCACUUGCUUUGCAAAUACCUUUUUAGUAAAAGUAUUUGCUGGUCUCCUGUAACACAUUCAGAACUUCAAAGUUGUUUGGAAAAGAAAGCCCAUCGCUUCCAUCUGCUUGCCAGAUAAUUCUUUUCAAAUUACUGAUUGUCAGUUUCUAGCUAUGCAACUUCUAGGAUGUUUUAUUUAAUGGGUAGAACUAAACAUCUUCCUAAAUCUCAUUGGCAAUAGGUAAUAUUUCAUUACCUCACAGAUGUGUCUACAUCAUCCAACUUUCUUCCUAAUAUAGAAUAUAAUUAUGAGAUUCUGUCUGUCUUCUAUAUUUUUAUUGAUUAUUUUAUCAUCUUUAUAUCAACUAAAGGAUAUAUAUCAUGUUUAGGAUUUUCUUCUAAUAUUUUGCAGGUAAUGUACCUGAAAGCUGCCCAAGUUUACUAGUGCAGUUUCAGAACACAGAAUGAAAUUGCUCUGUACACUUCCUUAACUACAAGAUAGGUACCUGUUCAAUCGUCCUUUCAGGUACAACAGAUUAAAUUUUUGUGCAUGGUUUCUUGUUUCUGUAUAGUAGAACACCAAAGUAACUAGAGAGAUGUAGUAACUUGGUCCAACAAACAUUUCGAUUUCAUGUAGUUGUCUGUGUAAUGAAUGGAAAAAAAAACUGCAAGAAAAGAAAUCGUGACACCAAAGAACUAGAGUCUACGCCUAGUUUUGCUACUGAAGUAGGAUUUGCUUUUGAAACAUGGACUCAGCUAUAAUUUGUGGCCUUUGGCAUCCUCUUUCAUUUGUAAAGCUAAUUAACUCCCCUGGGGCCAAGUGCUGCAGAUCAAUCAUUUGCCAUUUGUGAGAAUGAAGUGUGGGUACCUCUCGUUUUUCCUGAAGACAGGAAAUGAAAAGUUCAGGGACCUCUGAACUUAGAAUGUUAAAGAGUUGAAGAGAAGAGCUGAACGUACCUCAACAGCAAAAAGGUAACUGAACAUGAGUCCAGAGUUACAGCUGACCUGCUGGCUUCUGCAUGAGGAUCCCUCUCAAGCACUGGCCUUCACCUCACACUCUUUGGACAACACUUAAGAAGUCUAUAAGGUAUUGAGAACCUGCCAUUUGAAUUACAGAGAAACUUCCAGCUCAUGCGAGAUCUGGAUCAGAGGACAGAAGACCUCAAGUCAGAGAUCGAUAAGUUGGCCACGGAGUAUAUCAGCAAUGCACGGACUCUGUCCUCGGAGGAAAAACUGGGACUUCUCAAGCAAAUCCAGGAGGCCUAUGGAAAGUGCAAGGAAUUUGGGGACGACAAAGUUCAGCUGGCUAUGCAGACCUACGAGAUGGUUGAUAAGCACAUCCGGCGGUUGGACACAGACCUCGCUCGCUUUGAAGCAGACCUGAAGGAGAAGCAGAUAGAGUCGAGUGACUAUGACAGUUCUUCCAGCAAGGGCAAGAAGAAGGGCCGAGCCCAGAAAGAGAAAAAAGCUGCCCGUGCUCGCUCUAAAGGGAAAAACUCUGAUGAGGAAGCACCAAAAACUGCCCAAAAGAAGUUGAAGCUCGUCCGCACUAGCACAGAGUAUGGGAUGCCUUCCGUCACCUUUGGAAAUGUUCACCCCUCGGAUGUACUGGAUAUGCCCGUGGACCCCAAUGAGCCCACUUACUGCCUCUGCCACCAGGUCUCCUAUGGGGAGAUGAUUGGCUGUGACAACCCUGAUUGUUCCAUUGAAUGGUUUCAUUUUGCCUGUGUGGGUCUGACAACAAAACCAAGAGGAAAAUGGUUCUGCCCUCGCUGUUCCCAGGAGAGGAAGAAGAAGUAAAUUCACAUGAGACCUCAGUACUGCUGCAGGAGCUCUCUUCCCCCUGCCAGGGCCUCGUCCCAGUUCCCCCAGCCCUUGGGGCCUUGGCUGAAGGGAAGUCUUGCCCUGUUUGUGGCUUGGGCCAUCCCUGGAAUGGUGUGUACCCUCACGGUGGUUCCUGUGUGUUCUGUAUCCCUGGUUGCUUCUGAGUCCUUAAGGGAGGCCCUCUCUGUGUACUGUUCCAAACAGGUCUCUGAACCUCAAAGGGAAUGAAUGAGGGCACCAGGGUAGCCACCAGAUUCCCAGGGAUUCAGGUAGCCCCUGAUUUUCCUUGGCUUUCCUUCAGCCUCCUCAGAGUUCAUUGCCUAUUCUCUGCUUAGAGAACAAGGCUAUGGGAUGGGGGAAGGAAAGGAGGUAAGUCUUCAGCAUUUUAGGUCAUUCAUUUUCCUGGAUCUUUUUCAGGAGAGAGGGAGUAACCAGGCUACUUCUUAAUCUAGUGGGCUGGUUGAGAGACUGAAAACCUGAUGUGCUCCCUGUCUUUAACCAUUCCACUGCUGGCUUUGAGCAGCCUCUUUUGUUGGGGAGAGGAGGAGGCAGAGGGAGUGUUUAGAGCUAGCUUUGUCUCUCUUAUUCCUGGGGUAAACCUGCUGGUCUGGGAAGCACACUGUGUGAAGGAGGAAGAAUUUCUGACCACGUGGGGAGAAACGGCUUGGUCCAGUCUGUCUUCCGGCUUCAAAAUUCUGCCUUCCUCUUGUGUAGUGGUGCUUCUCCAUUAUGUUGAUGGUGGGAAGUUUGGGGAUUCAGAUCCCACUUGUAUGAUACAGAAUUAAAUAAAAUUCAUUGAAACAAGUACUCUGUUUGCCUUGACAUCACCUCCAAAAUAAACUGCGGCAAUUGGUCUCUCUA